CCUGCCCUCUUCGGCUGGGGCAGAGCCUUGGCUGGGCCCGUACUUUGCAAUUCAUCUAUGGCUGUCCCCCCCCUUUUGCUACUCAUUUGAAGGAACAGUAAAGCGACCCCCUGCGAGGAGCAUGCGCCCAGCGCAGGAGAUUUUUUAGUGAAAUCCCAGGAAAUGGACCAGAGCUACUCUGUUUGCUUUCAACUACUUGAUGGGAAUAUGUUUCUGAAGAAAUUCCCCAAUAAACUCGGGGAAACUGGCAACCACUUUUUCUAAAGUUGGAACUUGCUAUGGAACAAAGCACAAAUCAGGAAGGACCCCCACUGGAGAAUCAUGAGGACAGCAAAAGCAACACAAGACCUUUGCCUAGUGGAGCUGUCCCUGUCAAGGGGGAAAUAAAGAAACAUGCAGUUACAGAUGACUAUAAAAUCUCUAAGCGGGUGCUGGGCUUAGGCAUUAAUGGCAAAGUACUGGAAUGCUUUCACAAAGAGAAAGGACAGAAAUGUGCUUUGAAGCUCUUGUAUGACAGUCCAAAAGCACGACAGGAGGUGGAUCAUCACUGGAAGGCUUCAGGCUGUCCUCACAUCGUCCAUAUCCUGGAUGUUUAUGAGAAUAUACACCAUGGGAAGAGAUGUCUCCUAAUCAUCAUGGAAUGCAUGGAGGGAGGAGAGCUGUUUAGCAGGAUCCAAGAGCGUGGAGACCAAGCUUUCACAGAAAAAGAGGCCUCUGAAAUAAUGAGAGACAUUGGAACAGCCAUCCAACAUCUACAUGCAAUGAACAUUGCCCAUAGAGAUGUUAAGCCAGAAAACCUGCUCUAUACAUCCAAAGGGAAAGAUGCAGUGCUCAAGCUCACAGACUUUGGGUUUGCCAAAGAGACAACCAUACAGAAUGCACUGCAGACCCCCUGUUAUACCCCCUAUUAUGUAGCCCCAGAAGUUCUUGGUCCUGAGAAGUAUGACAAAUCCUGUGACAUGUGGUCUCUUGGUGUCAUCAUGUACAUUCUCUUGUGUGGGUUCCCUCCCUUCUACUCCAACACUGGCCAAGCCAUCUCCCCAGGAAUGAAGAGAAGAAUUCGGAUGGGACAGUAUGGAUUCCCAAAUCAAGAAUGGUCAGAGGUAUCUGAAGAAGCUAAGCAGCUAAUUCGUCUAUUGUUGAAGACAGAUCCAACUGAGCGGAUGACAAUUUGUCAGUUUAUGAAUCACCCCUGGAUUAAUCAAUCCAUGGUGGUGCCACCAACCCCUCUUCAUACUGCUCGGGUCCUGCAAGAGGAUAAAGAUCACUGGGAUGAAGUGAAGGAGGAGAUGACUAGUGCUCUGGCAACGAUGAGGGUGGACUAUGACCAGGUAAAAAUUAAAGAUUUGAAAACAUCCAACAACCGUCUCCUCAACAAACGACGCAAGAAACAGAAACAAGGCAGUGCCUCUUCAUCAUCUCCUGGAUGUAAUAAUCAAUAAAGAGAAGGAAGGAAGAUAAAUAAUAAAAGGAACAAUUAGUCCAACUGAGUUCAGAUCAUCUUACUACCCCCCACCAAAAAAAGAUAAAUCAUUGAAAUAUUGAAGUGUGCAUGGCCUAAAAGAGGAUGGUGUUCUGAAACUUUCAUUUGGGCAUUGGUUUUUCUUUGCCUUGAAAUGAAAAUUACUUGUUUUUAGUGAUAUUUUACAUUAUAAUAAAGAAACUGCCGAAGAAUUGAGAAGACAUGGAAUUCGGGUAAAGCUUUAAAUUUGUAAAAUGGCACUGGAGAUGAUGUAGUUUCAGUGCUUAUUCACAGUAGCACAAUCCUGCCAAGGCUAAACACUUUUUAGUUCCAUUGAUUUCAGUGGGAAAGAAUUAAACAUGUAUUUAGUUCAUUAUUCAAUUGAAUUUAGUGGAACAUUAAACUGCUUAGCUUUGGUUGAAUUAUGCUCCAUGUGCUUGAGUAAUGAGGUAGUGAUUUCACCUAUGGUAUAAUCCCAAGAAUCAGAGAGGUCAGAGUAUUUCAAGAACUCUGACAGGAGCGCCCUGACAAAUAUGAGGAAUGUAAUGCUGUUACAUCUUCCUGCGAUCUUUGUUUCAGGUGGGUAGCCAUGUUGGUCUGUAGUAGAAGAGCAAGAUUUGAAUCCAGUAGCACCUUAAAGACCAACUAGAUUUCUAGGGUAUGAGUCAGAGCUCUCUUCAUCAGAUGGGUAUCUGUCAAAGGGAGCUCUGACUAUUAAAAGCUCCUGCCCUGGAAAUCUAGUUGGUCUUUAAGGUGCUACUGGACCCAAAUCCUGCGUGAUCUUAGUACUUCAUUUUCCUGUUCCAACAAGCUCAUAUUGUAUAUAAGACUGUUUCAUUUCUAGGCUUAAUGCUGACAGCAUUCAUAGUAUCCAUUGGAACAGGGAAGCAUUGCUCUUUGUUUUCAAGAAAAUAUUUACAUCUUAAGCUUUUAAGAUUGUUCCCAUGUUCAUAAAUUUCCUACACCAAAACCACUUCUAAUAAGAACAUUUGAGAGAAUCACAUGAAAAUAUGUGUUGAUAGGGCACACAAUAGGUAAACACAGUGCAAUUGGAUCCAUCAGUUCCCAGUGAGUAUUUAUACAAUGAACUAGACAUACGUGUAAUCAUUACAUAUUAAGACUUAGCUGGUCAGUAUCCUCCUUUGCACAUAAUUCUCAGUAUUUUAUGACAUUUUCAGUAGUGUUACUUGAUCUUCAGUUAUUUUCAAAUCAUAGUGCACAAAUUUGAACAAAUGGCAUACGAUUCCAAUUGAAAAACAUUCAGUACCAACCUGGAAGAAGCUGGGAAGUUGUGUUGCAUAUAGAAACCAAGAUCGGACUUUACACACCUUUUGUUACAGACAGAGCUUUUAUUAAAUGUACAGUGCGGCUGAUUUCUGUCAUUUUACAUACCAGGUUUAUAAUAAUCACAUAGUACACCUUGCAAGAAACAUAGGAGGCAGCAGGCGAGAAGAUUUUUAAAAACAUAUGAACAUGUCAACAGUACUCCUAAAUUCUCCUAACCAGCCAUGCACAGAAGAACAUUAACCAGCCUACACACUCCUAACCAGCCAGGCCAACCAGUUAGGUUUAAUUCUUUUUAUGUAAUUAGGUACAUUGCUAUUUGGUAUGCUAUAGAACUGAUGAAAUGUAAAGAAAAAAUGUAACCUUCUCAGGACUUUCAAGUAGACACCUCUUUCAGGACCUUGAUCCAUGGUAGCAAAAUGCACCAGGAACAGCAGUUGUGCCAAAUAGAAGGUGGACAUCCAAGUUUUGUUCAUGCUUUUCUAGUCACAUGGACCUUCCAUCACAGGCCAGCUAACUUUAUUUGAGCCAUUCUCUCAUGUGGAAGCUGUUUCCAUGAAAAAUGUGUACACAUGAUAACGUUAUUCCAAAAUAACCCAGGUAGCUGUUCAUAUGAAUCUGCAGUGCAUAACAUCUCUAUUGAACUCUCAGUGCCUCUCUUUGAGCUGCAGGCAGACAUUGAACUGAUGCUGGAUAAAACUGCUUUUUGUGAAAUAUUAACAUUUUACAUUAAUAAAUGGUGGUUUUGCAUUUUUUUUCUUAA